CCUUUAGGGAGCUCUAGUAACAUGGCCUACAUUUCCCACAAUUCAAAGCAGUAUAAUCCUCCGCGGUGGAUCGUGUGUCGUCUUCGCAUGAGCGGGGUCGGUAUUAUUGACCGAGAUGAGAAUCAAGAUUUUACCGUGAGGUGCUUUUUGCUUACCGGCGGAGAUGUCACUGUCAGCCGCACAGAGCUCAGACACCAGCAGUCGGAGGAGAAAGCCGGCUGAACUCGUACAAGAUCUUCCACAAGAGCAUGAUCCCCAGGCCAGUCUCAACCCUGAACAGAUCCAAAACCGACUGACAAUUUCAACAGACACUCCAUCUUCACAUCACUCCAUAUGUCCUGCACUGUGCACAACAAAAUGCAUGCCUGCACAAACAUGUCCAAGUCAUCAUGCCUACGCUGAAAGCUGGGAGGAGAUCCAAAGCAAGAGAACCAUCAGAGCGGAAAACGAAGUAGAAGCAAACAAACUAGUCAACAACUACAGGUUCGGUUUCAGAAAGUGGAAGAGCCAUGUGACGGAGCGUCCAUUUGAAGUCAGGUCACAGGUUGUGAAAGAGCUGUACUCUGAACUGAACGUCAUUAAACCAUAUUCAGGUCAUCUCAUCACUGUUGGAAACGUAGCAUAUGUGCUUAUCUUCGGUUGGUGGAUCUCUCUGGCUUAUUUCCUGAUUGGCCUCUUUAUGUUCAUCACUCUCACUGGUGUACCCUAUGGCAAGCUUUGCUUGAAGUUGUCCUGCUACUUCCUGUGGCCUUUCGGCAAGUCAAUCCACGAGAUUGGAAAAACAUUUAGGAUGUGUUGUGAGCAAGCACCAGACUGUGAGUGUGACUUGGAGAGGACGGGAGAUGACUCCCCAGUACUGCUGCCUUCACCCACGGACGGGCCAGUCCCAGAGCUGCCAGGACGACCUCUCCGCACUCCCUACUGGCAUCGCUUCUCCACCUAUGUGUGGCUCCUGCUGGGAUAUCCUCCUCUACUUGUGAUCCACUCCCUGGCCUGCUUCCUCUCGUGGAUCCUGGUCUUCACCAUCCCUAUUUGCAAGAUGAACGCACGGACACUGGGCGUCAUCCUUCUCCUGGCUCCUGAGGACGUCUCUGUCACCACCUGCACACAGAGGAAGCAUCAAAUCUAUGAGACCAGAGCACUGCUGUGCUGCUACCAGGCUUCAAACUGGUACUACUACAAAUACACUGUUGAUGGGAUCAAUGUGUUCGCUGUCAACCUGCUGCCUCUGGUAAUAGUUGCCAUUGUAAUUGGAUAUAUUGACAGAGAAAACCAGUAUGCCAGCUCUGACGUCAAGUUUGCCAUAGCAAUCUGCUCCAUCAUACCUCUGUCUUAUUAUAUUGGUAUGGGCAUUGCCAGUAUCUCUGCUCAGAGUAACUUUGCAGUGGGUGCGGUCGUGAACGCCACCUUUGGCUCUAUCACAGAGUUGACCUUUUACAUCACAGCGUUGCUCAGAGGUCACCGGGCCGCCAACCCGUGUCUGCAGGAGGUCGUUAAAGCAGCGCUGACCGGCACGCUGCUUGGCUGCAUCCUCUUCAUCCCUGGCAUCUGCAUGAUAAUCGGAGGACUGAGACACAGUGAGCAAAGAUUCAACAGUCGCUCUACAGGAGUGAGCGCUGCGUUGCUUUUCAUCUCUGUAGGAGGUGUGUUUGCCCCCACGCUGUUCUCCAAGGCUUAUGGAAGUCUGGUGUGCGACGCCUGCACCAACUCCACUGGAGGAAACAGCAGCGGGACGUUUGUCUGCCACAGCUGCCACUACGAUCUGAACAAUGGUACACUGUUCCGCAACCAUGUGGAGCCACUGGUUUACACAGUGUCUGCCCUCUUGCCAGUUGCCUACAUCAUUGGUCUGAUAUUCACUCUGAAGACGCACUCCCACAUUUAUGACAUCCAUGUUGGAGGUGGACAGGAGAAUGGCCCCCAUGGAGCAGUGGUGCACUGGUCACGCUGGAGGUCUCUAGUCAUCCUCAUUAUGGCCACUGUGCUCACGUCUGCUUGUGCUGAUCUAGCCACCGAGCACAUCCAGCCUAUAUUAAACCAGCCCAACGUGUCUCAGUAUUUCAUCGGGGUGACAGUUCUGGCCAUGGUGCCUGAGAUCCCAGAGAUUGUAAAUGGGAUCCAGUUUGCUCUCCAGAACAACAUCAGUCUAAGCUUGGAGGUGGGAAGCUGUAUAGCUGUUCAGGUCUGCAUGCUGCAGAUUCCAAUCCUGGUCUUAUUCAAUGCCUGCUACGAUGUGGGAUUUGUACUGCUGUUCAGUGACAUGCACCUGUGGGCCAGCAUCUUCAGUGUGAUUCUUGUCAACUACAUCUUCAUGGACGGCAAGUCGGAUUAUUUUCAGGGCACAGCUCUGGUGGUUGUCUAUCUUAUUCUGCUGGCUAUGUAUUUCUUCGCUCCGUCUCCAACAGGCUGCUGACCGUGGGACUUUUAAGCCUGAAGGUCAUUAGGCCCAAUUCCAAACCGCCCCCUACACCAUACCACUAAAAACUUCCUCUCAGUUUGCGCACCAGGUCCGCCACAUUAAGUACUGUUCCAAACCAACAAUCGGUCCUGGCUUCACCUGCUGCACUACCUGACAGACUAAACACUGUGUGUCCCUCAUUAAACACGCUGUUUACAAACAGUUCCUGCAAACAUUUAAUAGUAAACUGCACAAAGCAAGAUAGACAUUACAUAUCGUCAUAUAGUUGUUAACAACUUCAUGUUUACCUCGUGUUUCUUUUAGUUAGCAUCAUGUACCCAUGCCUAGUCUAGGAAACGGUAAACGUGUGUUUUUUUUUGUGAAAGUUUUAAAUAUUUACAGGGACUGUGGCAAAAACCAAGCAGCUUAUAAACAUCAGAUUUAAAAAUUAAAUGUUGUAUUUUAGUUAUUUGUCCAACAGAUUCUGAUUUGAAACCGUUUUACAAAAAGUUUGGCAUUUCCUGUCCUGCCCGGGGAGAGGUGAGAGAUGCCGCUGUAUUUACACCCUCCACCCGAAAGAAGGGAGCCUUGUUCAGCCCUGAAUGAGACUACAGAAAGUGGGCAGAGGGUGGUUUGGAAAAAACCCUCCCUGUCAUGACAACAGGAUCCAGUGUAAAUUGUGACAUGGGCUUUUUAUUAUGUAUUUAUUUAAAUGUCAUAAAGCAUACAAAUGAAUGGCCUUUUAAUGUCAGGUAAGUUGCAUAUCUAUACUACUGUAAGUGCAGCGUUUGUAAGAUAACAAUUAACAAUGUCUCCUUUGACUCCUCGCUCUUACGGUCUUUGAAAAAUGAAGGAAAAAAAAAUGGUUUUUUUUUUUUUUUUUUUACAAAUGAAUAGGAUAUAAAGUAUCUGCACUAAAACUUUUUGUUGGUAUAAUAUAUUUUGUAGACUUUUUACCUCCAUAAUGUGAAUAAGUGACAUUAUUUUAGAUAAAACACUGGUACCCUAUAUUUUGGAAAGAGUGGAAUGGCUGGCUGUGCUGAGCUAGAAUAAUAACUCUGUCAAUACAACAUUUUGAAAAACUG